UGCGCCCCGGAAGUGCUCGUGUGUGAUUGGCUGGAGGUCAGGACGACAGCCAAUCAAAUGUCCGGAUGGUGUGGCUGCGGAAUGCUGAUGUGUGCUCCCGGCUGCCCUGGUUCCGUACACUGAGCGCCGCCGUCUGAUCAUGCCUUUCUACCGCACCUGGGAGGAGUUCGCCCGGGCCGCCGAGAAGCUCUACCAGGCCGACCCCAUGAAGGUUCGAGUGAUGCUGAAGUACAGGCACUGUGACGGGAUUUUACGGAUUAAAGUCACAGAUGACGUAGUGUGUUUACUCUACAGCACGGAUCAAGCUCAGGACGUGAAGAGGAUCGAGAAAUUCCACAGUCAGCUGAUGCGACUAAUGGUUGCUAGGGAAUCCCGCAGCGCUACCAUGGAAACUGACUGAGUGUCUCCAGCCCGGAGGGGAAAGAAGAAUGAAUCAGUCAUCCGAUUUUUAUUUUUUCAUUUUUUUUUUUUUUUUAUUUCUCGGUGGUCCACCAAAAAUAUGACUGAUUAUAUAUAUAAAAUAUAAAAAAAAGCGUAAAACCCUAUUUAUCAU